AUGAAUGGCUGUAUCUGUAAAGUUCAUCAUCAGCUAUAUACUUGCAACGAUUUAAUACUUAAACAUGGAACAGCAUUGCAACGUUCUCUUUCAGAAUUAGAACAAUUAGAAAACUUUACAGAUACAGCUGGAAAAUUUAAAGCAGUAAAUGAAAGAGCCACACUUUUUCGAAUAACUUCAAAUGCUAUGAUUAAUGCUUGCAAUGAAUAUUUACAAUUAGCUCAAACACAAGGAAGAAAAUGGCAAAAAAUGUUGCAACAUGAACAUGAACAACGUUUAAGGUUAGAGGACAUGGUAGAACAACUUGCUAAACAACAUUCACAUUUAGAAAGAGCUGCGAAGGAAGCAGCUGCUACUUCAGGUGUAAAUUCUCCAGAAGAUGAUGAAGAGUAUGAAAUGAUGCCUGCUCAACCUGAUAAAAAUGAACUGCAAACUGUUCUGAAAGUUUUAAGUACUAAAUUGGAAGACCUUAAUACUUGCAACGAUUUAAUACUUAAACAUGGAACAGCAUUGCAACGUUCUCUUUCAGAAUUAGAACAAUUAGAAAACUUUACAGAUACAGCUGGAAAAUUUAAAGCAGUAAAUGAAAGAGCCACACUUUUUCGAAUAACUUCAAAUGCUAUGAUUAAUGCUUGCAAUGAAUAUUUACAAUUAGCUCAAACACAAGGAAGAAAAUGGCAAAAAAUGUUGCAACAUGAACAUGAACAACGUUUAAGGUUAGAGGACAUGGUAGAACAACUUGCUAAACAACAUUCACAUUUAGAAAGAGCUGCGAAGGAAGCAGCUGCUACUUCAGGUGUAAAUUCUCCAGAAGAUGAUGAAGAGUAUGAAAUGAUGCCUGCUCAACCUGAUAAAAAUGAACUGCAAACUGUUCUGAAAGUUUUAAGUACUAAAUUGGAAGACCUUAAUACUUGCAACGAUUUAAUACUUAAACAUGGAACAGCAUUGCAACGUUCUCUUUCAGAAUUAGAACAAUUAGAAAAUGAUAGAAUUUCAAAAUCAUAA